ACUCGUCGAUAACACAAAUAACAAAAUCAUGUCUGGACGUGGCAAAGGAGGUAAAGGACUCGGAAAGGGAGGCGCCAAGCGUCAUCGCAAGGUCUUGCGUGAUAACAUCCAAGGAAUCACCAAGCCAGCAAUCCGUCGUCUUGCCCGCCGUGGUGGUGUCAAGCGUAUCAGCGGUCUCAUCUACGAAGAGACCCGUGGUGUCCUCAAGGUCUUCCUUGAGAAUGUUAUCCGUGAUGCCGUCACCUACUGCGAGCACGCCAAGAGGAAGACCGUCACCGCCAUGGACGUCGUCUACGCUCUGAAGAGGCAGGGACGUACACUCUACGGAUUCGGAGGUUAAGAAGUACAUCUCUUCUAACCCAUCAACAAAACCGGCUCUUUUCAGAGCCACCAAAUACUCAAGAAAGAAACCAUUUGAAUGUCUCUUCUAUUAUAAAUAUGCAUGGGUUGGGGAAAAAUUAAAUUUAUGAUCACACAAUAGCAAAGGUUUCCAUUUGGAGGUCCAAUAUUGUCUUAAUUCAGAUCAAAUCCGUAGGGUUUAUUUUUAUCCUAAAAUUUCCUGUACUGUAGUCCCUCAAUAGAAUUCCAAUGAGAUUGGAUGUAAAAUUUCUUAAUUCCCUAGAACAAAGAUAGCUAUCGUUCCAAUAUUUUAGCAGUGAAGCGCAAUGAAACAAGAGCUAUAGACACGGUCGCAUUAGGCCACUAUGGGUCCAUGGUCAGAGACCAGACGUGUACUCUUGGCGGCCAAAAGACGCAGACGUGACCAGAGCUCGAAAAUUUGUCUCAAUUUGUUUGAUAACUUUGGAUUACAGGCACACGCGACAAUUCCCAGUUGAAUUUCAAAGAAAAAUGUUAAUCUGGAAAAAAUGGUGAUGAACCUUAGAGUUUGAUAACAAAAAAAAUACACUUUUCAUGCAAAUUGUCGCAUGUCAUACAAGGUGGUCCAAUUUCGCGAUUAGAGUAAAAUUGGUCAAAAAAUCUUUUUUUUAUGUUAUAGGUAUUA